UUCAAAUGGUUAAAAAGAUGCUCAAAACUCCAACCUCUCCUGCCAGCCGCUGUGCCUGAUGCCUAUGUAGGACAAGGCUGAUCCCUGGACCAUUUCCAGCGUGGCUUCAGUUCUGGCAAGUCAAUUACUCCCCCUCCUCUUCCUCCCCCUCCCCAGGGCAACGUUUCUGCUUCUCAUUCUCGACCCGCUUUCUAUUUGAAUCCGGAGUACGGCAAUAGGCUGAUGCUUUUUGUCGCUGUCGGACUACUUCAUCUCUCUGUUUUUUCUCUCUCUCCCUCCCUCCCUCUCUCUCUCUGUCUCCCCGCUGGGUGUUGUAUUCCUAGACAACGUGCUCCUGCUGCCGAGCGCCCUCUCUAGCUCUGACACACAGUCAGGCUGCAGCUCGGCUAAGUACCAUCUCGCUCUCGCUCUCUCUCCCAUCCUCGCCCUCUGCAGAAAAAGAGAGAGCGAGAGAGGGGCAGACAGAAAAGUUUAGACGCCUGUGUAAAUAUAUAUGUUUGCAAGCCGCCCCCGCCUUCGGGAGAUCGGGGAUCAACUGGAUCAGUGGAUCCAGCGAGAUCUGUUGUGUUUGAACCUGCGCUUUUGGCUGCUUCCGUUGUACCUGGACACCCUAGACUUGUGCUGUUCUCCUUCUCUGGAUUCUUCAGCCGGUUCCCUCCUCCUCAGCUGCAGAGGUACCUACAGCCCCUCUCCCUCCCUCCUCUACCGACAGGGACAGUGAAGUUAGAGGGGUCUGCCUACCCUCCGUAUGAUAUACACUCCUGGAUUGCGGUAGCGCUCGAGUCGUUUCGAUAUUUUUCUGUCGGAUUACAAGUGGAUUCGCUUUAUUUCACACCGGCACCUCUAAUCCUCUCAAUGUUGCAACUGAGAUUGUAGAGAGAGAGAGAAAGAGAAAGGGGACGGGAAUUUUUCCAGCCCACAGGGGGACUGACAGAGGAGAAGGUGUUUUGGAAUCAGUGCGGGGCAGUGAGUGUUAUCCCAGCACCGAGAUACAGGACGCCCUAUCUCUCUCUCUCUCUCUCUCUGUGUUGAGCUGCCAACUCUUGCCUGGCUCCCGGAAUUAAAGGCAGUGCCCGCGGGUUGAUAGGAGGAAGUCACACCCCGGGGGAGGAAAUGGAAGUUUUCCCGGCUGUCUUCCUCAUGUGUGCCUUGUGCUGUUCCAGCAGGGACGGAGUGGCCGCUGAUUCUAUCAUUCACAUCGGGGCAAUUUUUGAUGAAACUGCCAAGAAGGAUGAUGAAGUGUUUCGGCUGGCUGUAACUGACCUUAACACGAAUGAGGACAUUUUACAGACGGAGAAAAUUACAUUUUCUGUGACAUUUGUGGACAGCAACAAUCCUUUCCAAGUUGUCCAGGAAGCGUGUGAUCUGAUGAACCAAGGCAUUUUGGCCCUCGUCAGCUCCGUUGGCUGCAUGUCAGCUGGAUCCCUCCAAUCGUUGUCAGACGCCAUGCACAUCCCACACCUCUAUAUACAACGAACAACGUCUGGAUCGCCAAGGAGUGGCUGUGGCCUCAGUAGGACCAGCAGGAAUGAUAACUACACUCUCUAUGUCCGGCCACCAGUGUAUCUGAAUGAAGUCAUUCUCCAAGUCAUCUCAGAAUUUGCCUGGCAAAAGUUCAUCAUUUUCUAUGACAGCGAAUAUGAUAUCCGUGGGAUUCAGGAUUUUUUGGACAAAGCUUCUCAGCAAGGAAUGGAUGUAGCUCUGCAGAAGGUGGAGAACAACAUCAACAGGAUGAUCAGUACAAUGUUUGCCACAAUGCGUUUGGAAGAGAUGAACCGGUACCGUGACACACUUCGUCGGGCUAUUCUCUUCCUCAGCCCCCACACAGCGAAGGCCUUCGUUUCUCAGGUUGUUGACUCCAAUCUAGUGGCUUUUGACUGUCACUGGAUCUUCAUAAAUGAGGAGUUAAGUGAUGGCGAUGUCCAGGAGUUGGUGAGGCGGUCAAUCGGAAGGCUGACAAUCAUUCGGCAAACCUUUCCCUUGUCCUUAAACACCACUCACAGCUGUAUACAUGGGAAGCACAGAAUCUCUCCAUCACUGUGCGAUCCCAACGACCCUUACAAGAAUAACAUGGAGAUUACCAACCUCUACAUCUACGACACUGUGGUCCUUCUGGCAAAUGCCUUUCACAAGAAGUUGGAGGAUCGGAAAUGGCACAGUAUGGCCAGCUUGACAUGCAUCAGGAAGAGCUCCAAGCCUUGGCAAGGUGGACACUCCAUGUUAGAGACGAUCAAGAAGGGUGAAGUAAAUGGGAUGACUGGGUUCCUGAAAUUUAAAGAGCACGGUGGAAAUCCGAAUGUGCAGUUUGAAAUUCUUGGUACGAACUAUGGAGAAGACUUAGGAAGAGGGAUUCGGAAACUUGCUACAUGGAACCCAGACUCUGGGUUGAAUGGAUCUCUAACAGACAAGAAACUGGAAAACAACAUGCGUGGUGUGAUGCUACGGGUUGUAACCCUGCCGGAGGAACCUUUUGUCAUGGUAUCAGAAAACGUACUCGGAAGAACAAAGAAAUACUAUGGAUUCUCUAUUGAUGUCCUGGAUGCCUUGUCAAGUUACCUGGGCUUUAAAUAUGAAAUCUAUGUGGCUCCUGACCACAAAUUUGGGAGCCAACAGCCUGACGGAAACUGGAAUGGACUAAUUGGAGAACUUGCUUUCAAGAGAGCAGACGUGGGAAUCUCAGCUUUGACCAUCACGCCAGAGCGAGAGAGUGUAGUGGACUUUACCACCCGUUACAUGGACUACUCGGUGGGAUUCCUGCUGAAGAAGGCAGAGAGGACUGUUGACAUGUUCGCCUGCCUGGCUCCAUUUGACUUCUCCUUGUGGGCGUGCAUCACUGGCACAGUGAUCCUGGUGGGCUUGCUGGUCUACCUCCUGAACUGGCUAAACCCUCCCAGGCUGCAAAUGGGCUCGGUCACCUCCACCACCUUAUACAACUCCAUGUGGUUCGUCUAUGGCUCCUUUGUGCAGCAAGGUGGAGAGGUCCCUUACACUACUUUAGCUACUCGAAUGAUGAUGGGUGUUUGGUGGCUUUUUGCUCUGAUCGUUAUAUCCUCGUACACAGCAAACCUGGCAGCUUUCCUUACAAUCAACCGCAUUGAAAACUCCAUUCAGUCCCUGCAAGAUCUAUCCAAGCAAACAGACAUUCCCUACGGCACAGUAAUGGAGUCAGCAGUAUAUGAGCAUGUCCGUGUGAAAGGAAUGAACCCCUUUGAGAGGGACAAUAUGUACGCCCAAAUGUGGAGGAUGAUCAACAAAGGUAACGGCACAGAAACAUCGGUCAAGGAUUCCCAGGAAGGCAUUCGAAGGGUGAAAGCUGGGAAUUAUGCCUUUGUUUGGGAUGUGGCAGUGUUAGAGUAUAUUGCCCUAAAUAGUCCCGACUGCUCUCUGUUCACCGUUGGCAACACCCUGCCUGAUCGAGGAUAUGGUAUUGCUCUCCAGCACGGCAGCCCAUACAGAGAUAUUUUCUCCCAAAGGAUUUUGGAACUUCUGCAACAUGGAGACCUCGACAUUUUGAAGCACAAGUGGUGGCCAAAGUCAGCGCAGUGUGACAUCUACUCCUCAUCCCGAGCGCAACAGAAAGGCAGUGCUUUCGAUCUGGCCAGCUUUGCUGGGGUCUUCUGCAUCCUGGCUGCUGGCAUCAUCUUGGCCUGCCUCAUAGCCAUCGUGGAAAACUGGUGGAACAGGAGGAAAGGAUCCCGUGUCCCCUCCAAAGAGGAGGAUAAGGAGAUUGACCUGGAGCAUCUCCACAGGCGAGUGAACAGCCUCUGUACGGAUGACGACAGUCCCCACAAGCAGUUUUCCACCUCGUCCAUAGACCUGACUCCCCUGGAGGUGGACACCAUCCCUACGCGACAAGGUCUCGAGCAGAUCAGUGACUUCAGGAACACUCACAUCACCACGACCACCUUCAUACCAGAGCAAAUCCAGACUAUAAGCCGCAGCCUGUCCGCCAAAGCCGCCUCGGGUUUUUCAUUCGGGCCUAUGCCUGACCAUCGAACUGGGCCCUUCCGGAGCAGGGCACCAAACGGCGGCUUUUUCCGAAGUCCCAUCAAAACCAUGUCCUCUAUCCCAUAUCAACCAACCCCCUCAGCUGCAUACAGCCUCAACAAUGACCCUGACCGGGGCACCUCCAUAUGAAUGGCUCACCUUAAGGUUCUUUUAUUCCAGUCGGGACUCAGUUUGUGAGACGAUAGAUUUCAUGGUAGUUCUAACCUGGACGUAACUUUCUUUGUGUUUUUUUUAAGGAAAAGGGGGAAGGGCGGGGGUCAGGAUCUUAGUUUCAGCUUUUUCUUUUAAAUAUAAUCGCAACAACUCCAGCCUGUUUGCCGCAACCUAAGUUUAUUUCUGCUGCAUUGGACUUCAAGGCUUCUACUGCUGACCGUUUCACAUGUUACUUCAUGUUGGACCAAAGGCACAGUCCUGCUAGUAAAAGUAAAGAACAUUCAGGCUGCAAGUUGAGGAAUGCUAUAUAUUAUAAGGUCACGUAUAUAUGAAGCCAUCCGUGUGAUUGUAGAAAUAUUUCUGGCAUCAUAUUGCAAAACAAAAACUUAAAUACGUUGUGGUCCCUGCAUUUUUUUUUGCCGAAGAAGCUUUGGAGGUUGCAUCCUCUGCAAAAUAUUUUCUAAUGUACAGUCGAGAUUAAAUCUGCAGUAGUUCCUGCAAGACCAGUCCUGGCAUAUUCUGGCAAUGAUUGAUUCCAAAGUGUUAGUCAGCAGGAUAUGAAUACCUGAAGUUCACUUUUGUUAGAUGAAUGUAUGUCCUUGCUGCUGAAAGAAAUUGGACCUCUUGAGUUUAUGGCCAUUUUUAGGAUGUUUGUAGAUGAUCAGUAACCAGUGUCCGUCAUCUGGUUGAGGAAACCACCAAAAUAUAAAGUAAUGAUUCAGCAUCUUAAUUGCAGAGCCCGGUUAAAUAUUAUAAGAAGUUGGAUUUAAAUUUUUAACAAAUCAUGAUGAUUAUUGUGUUCAGGAUGACAGCUAAUAGAAUGCCCAAAGAUCUAGCAACAAAAACUGCAGCUGAAAUUUUAACUAAUUUGAUUCCAUUAAAUAUAUAGUAAUUGCAAUUUAAACUUGAAACAAUCAUGCAAUGCCAACAGCACAGGAAGUGCCAGCUGUUUGAAAGAUCUAUCCAGUUGAUUCCAUUGCCCUGCUAUGUUGCCCUCUAGCUUGGCAAUGUGUGUCUCCUUCUGGCAUUGAUCCAAUUCCCUUUUGAAUGUUCUUAUUGAAUGUGGCCUUAACUUUACUGACAAUGAAUAAUUCAAACUGGAGAAAUGUAUUGUGAAUUAUCAACAUUUGAACUGAUCCAACAGAACUGCAGUCCCUAAAAUAAUUGAAGACUUUUGUGAUCACAUGGAAUGAUAUACAGUUUUGCUGGAUCUUUAAAAGCAACUAAUUUCACUAAAAGGUAAUGUAUUUCUCACACAAAACUCUUCAACCAACCAAUGAGGCCAUAGUGUAGCUAGAUAUUCACUGAACAGACAGAAGAACUUCAUGUAUGACUCUCUAAAUGCUAGUGAAUUGGUGUAGAUUAAAAGGUUUCCACAACUUUUUAGGAAGAUUUAACUGCUUCAUGCUGACAUUGGAAAUAAGUACAACAACCCUCAAAAGCUAUUCUCUUUCUCUGUCUCUCUCUCUCUCUUUCUAAGUUGCAGCUUUAAGCAGUUGGGUAGUUAGUCAAGCGGUAGUCAAAUUGUAACUUUAACAUAUUUUGCAACAAAACAAGCUCCUUCAUGGGAGACAAUAAACGUGCAGAAGCAGAUGACUGGAGAUGUGGGCGCUACCAUUCAGAACCUUUCACUAUACUGUUAACUCUUAAGAAACUAAAACAUUGGUGACAGAUUCGUGGAAAGAUUUCCUGAUCUUUAUUAAAAGAAUAUUUUUGUUAAAACAAAAAAAAAUUGAAAAUGUGGUAGGUAGAAAGCAGCUACUUUUUUCUGUGUUUGGUAUCAACAUUAGGUGUGAUUUAACUCAGACACAUUAAUGAACUGAGAACAACGUAUAUAUGGCUCAUGGCUGUUUCCUCUGAAUCCUCUUGUACGACACAAAAUGGACUAUCAUAUAGAAGUUAUAUAUUUUGAAGCUAAUUCUUCUCUUUUACCUGUUCUGAAGUAGCGUAUGAUUAUAGUUAGGUUUCUAGUUUGUACAAAUACAAUGUCUACAGUGUCAGACAACACUCCAUUUUUACAACAGGAGACAGUUUAUAGAGACCAAGGGCAAGUUAGUAAAAGCAUGCCCAACUUGUCUUAACCUUGUAACACUCAAGUUUCAUAUCAAAAGUCUCAUUAUUGAUUUUUGUUUGGAUGCAAUAUUAUAGGGACAAGCCUGAUUACAAUAAUUUACUGGGUUAGAAUAUAGUUAACCAUAAACAAUAUUUAUAGGCUUAUUUUGAUGUAAGUGUCGCAUAAAAAGAACACUUUUUCGGGGUGGGAGGGAAAUGGGGUGGGGGGG